GAAUAAACCCUUCAAGAGAGUGUCACCUGGCCAAUGUAGGGGCCUAACGGAAACUGUUGCACAAACGCACAUCUCUGCUUCUGGCGUAAGAUCGAGGGAAAGCUAAGAUGUUUGAGGAAACUAUGAUAUAAAAGAUUGCGCUUAUCGCGGCACCGCUGCUCGAUUCUCAGUGAAUUUAACAUAAUAAGAUGUUUAGGUUUCCCAAACACCACAUCAAUAAUUUCGACACCACAAAGUUACGAGGAUUUACAAAUCCGGUUAGACAGAAGGCUACUGCGGUCGGUUGAAACAGAUACCUGACCAUUGAGCUUUAAGAAGCACCCAUUUUUUAUGGCUCCACCGGCAACAUCAACAGCGUCAACGUCGCCACUGCUGCUACCAACACAAACGCUUUCGAGCUGCCACCUCUUACAGUCGACGCAUUGGGCCAACUUUGCGUUACUUCGGCGGUGGUAGUAACCAACCCAGCGUUGACCAGCAACAGUUGCCGUAGGCGUUUGAAGGCAAUUCCUAUGCUAAAGUUACUAUACCCGAUAUGUUUUUCGCCAAACAAGUGGUCUCUAAUUUGCAUCGUAAAAAAAUCGGCCAUAAACGCAUGUUAGUCUCGUAUACGCGCGACUCUUCACUCACGGAAAUCAACACGCUGCGUUGUCAAGUAGCAGGACUACUUAAGAAUAUGCCAUUUUGGAUAGAUCCCAUUUGGGCCCAUAACCCCACCGAAGAUGCAGCGUCACAAAAUGCUUUGCUCAAUAUCAAAUUACCGGAAUUAAAAUCAUUUAAUGUAUUGCCGAUGGUUUUGUCACCCUAUACCCUCUCUAAGGCCGAAAAUAUGAAGCAAAAGUUAUUCAAUUUUGAAAAUCAUGAUAGAAAAAUAGCCUGAAAAACUUGCAAGCAAUUAGAGUGGAAAUUUGGUCUUAAAUUAAAAUUUGUGCGUCGAUAAGUUUGUCUAGAAAAUUCGAUUAGUUUAAGCCUUUUAUUUAUUUAUUUCUUUUUUUUUUAAUUAUAAGGAAAUUGUAAUGUUACCGCGCGACAUUGAAUUGAAUUGUUUCGUAUGUGUAGCAAAUAUUGAAGCGCUGAGAUAAAAAUAUUGUUAUUGUAAUAAAUAUCUCGAAAAUAUUUGGUAGGGAUCUAAAGAUAAAAAUAUUUUAACCUCAAUCAAUUCAAUUAAGUAAAAAUAUUUAAAUACCAAUUUUAAAUAUUGUAUUUAUUGUAGUAAUGCAGCAACAAAUA